UACAUAACCGCCUAACGAGCUCGAGAAUGAGCUCGAGAUCAUGUCAUGGCCGAAGACUUGGAGGAGGAGGAGGCUCACUGUGGCUAAAAGGCGCUGGACAUGAUGCUGCUGGACACUGGAGUGGACACUACAGCAGGAGGAAGAGUCCUGCCCUGUUCAUCAACAUCAUCAUCAUCGUCAUCAUCAUCGUUAUACUGUUAUUCCAUGGAAUGUCUCUACUAACGCUCACGCGCGAGCUAUUCACCUGCGCGCGCUGCUGCAGUCGCGCUCGAUUAGGCGGCGUGUUUUAAAGCUUCUUUGAAGUUUGGAGUGGUGAAAAAAGGAAAAGGCGCCCGGAUGAACUGGUGAAGGCUGCUUUGGUGAGUGGCUGCCCGGGCCCCGCUGACCGUGUCCGGCCUUCAACGCUGAUUGGCUCUUAUUUGAAGAAGCUCACGGGUUCAUUCAACUAUUAAGCGCCUCCCAGUUCCUCUAAAGGCCAUUAUAAUGCAAGGGACCCUCCUCUUUAAAACCACAAACCGAAUUUGCUUUCAUUUAGCCCAUCUAUAUCUGCUUUUUCCUUUUUUCAUCCCUCCCUCCUCCUCUUUUUUCAUAAGUCGUAGAGGGGCGCUCGGUGGGCUUUUUUUUGGCCCGAGCCUGUUCGGCCCCUGGAGCGGUGCGCGAUGCUUUCGCACGCCGACCUGCUGGACGCUCGCCUCGGUGAGUUACCGGCCAACCCCGGUCUGCAACUCUACUGGAUGAAAGAUGCCGCCGCGGCCGAGCUGCUCGGACACAGGGAGGCCCUGAAGUGUAGGCUCGCCGGAGGAGCUGACCCCGCCGUGCACCCCGGGGAGCUCGCGCCGGGCUCGGACGCGGUGGAAGGCGCCACGCUGCUCCCGGGAGACGACAUCGGCGUGGUGGGCUCGAACGCCGCGGGGGUGCCGGUGAACGGGAAGGAGCCGGACAAGCAGCAGCAGCAGCACCAGCAGCACCAGCAGCAGCAGCAGAACCCGAGCCAGCAGAACCCCCAGAAACAGAAACGACACCGCACGCGCUUCACCCCGGCGCAGCUCAACGAGCUCGAGCGCAGCUUCGCCAAGACGCACUACCCGGACAUCUUCAUGCGCGAGGAGCUCGCGCUGCGCAUUGGCCUCACGGAGUCCCGCGUGCAGGUGUGGUUCCAGAACCGUCGCGCGAAGUGGAAGAAGCGCAAGAAGACGACGAACGUGUUCCGCGCGCCCGGCACGCUGCUGCCCACGCACCACGGCCUGCCCCAGUUUCCGGCGGCCGCCAUGGGCGACGGCCUGUGCUCCUUCCACGCCAACGACACGCGCUGGGCGGCGGCGGGCAUGCCGAGCGUGUCCCAGCUGCAGCUGCCGCCCGCGCUCGGCCGCCAGCAGGCCAUGGCGCAGUCGCUGUCCCCGUGCAGCCUGGGCGCGGGCCCGCCGCCCAACUCCAUGGGCCUGUCCAACAUGUCGUCCAACGGCUCGAGCCUGCAGUCGCACCUGUACCAGCCCGCCUUCCCCGGCAUGGUGCCCGCCUCGCUCUCCGGACCGACCAGCGCGGCGGCGGCGGCGGCGGUGGCGGCCGGCGGCUCCCCGCAGCUCUGCAGCUCGCCGGACAGUGACGUGUGGAGGGGCACGAGCAUCGCGUCGCUGCGCCGCAAAGCGCUCGAGCACACGGUGUCCAUGAGCUUCACCUAA